CUGUUGCUUUCAGAGUGCUGGAUCUCUGACCAGUGUGUAGACAUGCUUGACUUUUAUACAAUUUUGCUGGGGAUCUUGUUUCUUCUCCCUCUGCUGGCCAAUAUUUUUUUCCCUUAUCUUUGGCUGGACCUGCGCUUCUUUUUCUCUCUCUUGCGGACAGGAUACAAGUCCCAAAAGCGUUUACAGCAUAAGCCACCAUUCACCCUCUUGGACUGUUUUUUAGACAAGGUCCUGAAACAUCCAGAGAAGCCUUUCAUUCUCUUUGAAGAUGAAAUUUAUUCCUAUCGGGACAUUGACAGACGUAGCAACCAAAUGGCCAGAGUACUGAAGGACUAUGUGAGGCUGAAAGAAGGGGAAACGCUGGCUGUUUUCUUGAAGAAUAUCCCUGCCUAUAUCUGGAUCUGGAUGGGCUUGGAGAAGAUUGGCUGCACCAUGGCAUGCAUCAAUUAUAACAUCCGAUUAAAAUCUUUGUUGCAUGUAUUGAGAACCUGCAAUGCCAAAGUGCUUCUGACAACUCCAGAUUUAAAAAAUUCCAUUGAAGAUGUUCUACCUGUUUUAAAGGAUGAAGGGGUACAAGUUUUCUAUCUCAGUGACAAUUCCCCCUCCGAUGGUGUGGAAGCGCUACUUGGACAGGUUAAAUUGACCUCAGAGGAACCUGUGCCUGCUUCCUACAGAGCCCAUAUAACAGCUAAAUCUACAUCUGUGUACAUUUUUACCUCUGGGACCACAGGAUUACCAAAAGCUGCUAUCAUCAACCAAAUGAAGUUGCUCAUGAUAUCCAACAUAUUCACUUUGUGUGACGUCAAUGCCAAGGACAUCAUCUACAUUCCGCUGCCACUGUACCAUUCAGCUGGGCUUCUUAUUGGAAUUGGAGGGUGCCUGGAGGUUGGAGCUACAUGUGUUUUAGGGCCGAAGUUUUCUGUUUCAAAUUUCUGGAAUGACUGCAGGCGAUAUCAGGUUUCUGUAAUCCAAUAUGUGGGAGAAACAAUGCGCUAUUUAUGUAAUGCACCAAAGAAGGACAAUGAUCGUGAUCAUAGAGUGAAACUGGCCAUAGGCAAUGGCAUGAAGAGAGAGGUCUGGAAAGAAUUUCUGUGCCGAUUCGGAUGCCUUAAGGUUUAUGAAUUCUAUGGAGCUACAGAAGGCAAUCUUGGCUUUAUUAACUACACUGGGAAAGUUGGAGCUGUAGGAAGGAUUAACUUCCUUUAUAAGAAACUGACAAAAUUUGAAAUAAUUCAAUAUGAUGUUGACCAGAAUGAGGUUGUGAGGAAUGAAAAAGGAUACUGUGUCCCGGUGGCCCCAGGCGAAACAGGUUUACUAGUAGCCAAGAUCACCAAGAGGACUCCCUUCUAUGGCUAUGCAGGAGAUCCUGAGAAAACAAAAAAGAAGCUUCUCCAUGAUGUCCUAGAGAAAGGAGACAGCUACUUUAACAGUGGUGACCUCUUGAUGCAAGACCACGAUGGAUUUAUAUAUUUCCAGGACCGAGUGGGAGAUACUUUCCGUUGGAAAGGAGAGAAUGUGGCUACUACAGAAGUUGAGACAAUCCUUGCUAUGCUGGAAUUUACUCAAGAAGUAAAUGUAUAUGGAGUACCUGUGCCAGGGCACGAAGGAAAGAUUGGGAUGGCAGCAAUACGAUUAAAGGAAGGGGGAUCCUUUGAUGGAAAGCAGUUAUAUGAACAUACCAAGAAUUACUUGCCAAACUAUGCUAUACCUCACUUUAUUCGCAUCCAGGAGGCCUUAGAGAUCACAGGGACUUUCAAGCAGCGCAAAAAUCAGUUGGUGAAGGAAGAAUUUGACCCUAUCACCAUCACAGAACCCCUAUUUUUCUUGGACAAUUCAGAAAAGAGCUUUGUGCCACUGACUCUGCAGAUCUACCAUUCCAUCACAGAGAAGAAGCGGAAACUCUGAAAAGGACUUCAAGAGAUAUCACAUCAUCAUUUUUGGUGGCAUAGCAACCUAGGAAUGCAGCUUGGUGUUUCUUGACUGUAACCUAAGAGUGGAGCAAUUAUCCUGGAUUAAUUUUUUUUAAUUUUCCAGCCUGGGACAGGUAUCUUCUAUAUCAAACUUGAGGAUAUUUAGAAAAGUUAAUUUUAUUUUUAUUCUUUUGCUUUCCCUAUGAAGAGCCUUUCUAUAUUUGUGUGAGCUGUUUGCUCUGCAGUAGAUGGAGGUAAAUAUGUGUAUGCAUUACAAGACGUAUGAAAUGGGCAUCCUGUGUCUCAACAGUAUGGCAGGCAUUGUGUUCCACUCAAGUGCUUCACUUUGCAUAACAAAACUUGUGCACUUUUCCUAUGAAGGGUAACUGGAAUAGCCAACUUCAUCUUAAAAGAAGGUUCAUACGCUUUGGUACAAAUACACAGAUCUCCUGCACAUUGAUAUGAUUUAUUUCUCAUAGUCAAUUUUUAAAAUUAUUACAAAGAAUAAUCUCAUGACAGUUAAAAAAAACCUGUUAUAAUUUAAAUUCAGAUAAACAGCUUCCAACCUCAGAAAAAAUGUUUUGAUUAUUAUCUCUUCUCUCUCUAGUUUAUUGUAUGUGGAGAAAAUAUAGAAUAUUCUUUUAGCUUACCUACGACAGAGAAUGCCUUAAGUAAGGCAAUAGAAUAAAU